GGGGCCUUACGAGAGGGAUAAGUUAGUGUCUGUCGCGCGUACUUACGUUCGUUCAUCGAGAUAUCUCGAUCGUGUAUAAUCCUAAACAGAUUGACUAGGAUCGAUAUCGUUAGUUAAAGAAAUAACAGGAGCUUAGAUUCUCGAGAAAGUCGUUGGAUAGUCACGUGCUUCAUUGCCGUCAUCGUUGUCGUCGUCGUCGUCGUCGUCGUCGUCUACUGUGUGUUUACCAGAACGAUAAACGUUCAUUGUUUGGAGAAGGAGGAUAGGAUACACUCCUAUCGUAAACGCGUACACCUCUCCUCCCUUUUCCCCUUCAACAUAUUCACCAGUUCUCUCAUUCUCUCGAACAAUAUCGCACGAUAGAGAGAGAGAGAGAGAGAGAUCCGCGCACGGUUGUUUCUUAUUCUGUUCUAUUUAAAGGGUCUCAAAGGAACCUUUAAAAKUAACGUCUUUUUUUUUUUUUAUCCUGUAAUAAUAUUCUUUUCCUUUACUUGAUCAUAUUGUUCGUGUAUUUAAUUUAAAAUAAAAAGAGAGUGAACAGGGAAAGCGAUUGGCUGUCUAUCUUUAGCGAAGAGAUAAAAGUGAAGAAUCGUUAAUAGAAAAACUGGACGUUCGAAGUUUCCUUCUCUCUCUCUCUCUCUGUUGUUUUUGUAUAUUAACGUUGGUACUGAUCAAGAAGUCAUCAAGAGUACUACUCGCAUCGUUCUCGGAACGUUUCUUCGUGAGGAAGUGAAAGAAAGAGAAAGAGAAAAAAAAAGAAAGAGAGAAGCGUGGGUCUUCGUUCAACAUGUUUAGACGUCUACAGCUGGUGCAAUAAGAGAAAAGCUUGUACUGAAAAACAUCGAAUAAAGAUUAUUCUCCUCCUACGAGAGAAUAGAUCGAACUAUCUGUGUCGAAGACAAGAAUACGUUAGAUUACUGAGAAAAUAGAAGACCCCGAUAUACGUGGCUAUCGUAAGUAAGUAAGAAGGUUAAAAAAAGAAAAGAACGAUAUAUAAAAAAAAAAAGGAAAAGGAAAAGGAAAAAAGAAAUAAAAUAUAGUAAGGAUAACGACAAGAAGAGAAGGACUAUCUUGGAAAUAUUUAUUUCUGCGUGGCUAGAGGCUAUCAAGACCUUGGCUGAUCAAGAUAGGUCCUUAUCUACUUGAACGAUCCCAACGAAGUAAACGAUCGCUAGGUGAAUAUCGUGGGUGGAGAAACGCGAUGAGGAGGAGGAGUCGAAGUACUUCGUGAAUUACGUUUUAACCCCGUCUUUCGUUGUUCCAUAGUAAUAGUAGAAAAAACUUUUUCAAGUAAAUAGUAAUUAUUGUAGGCGAGAGAAGGCGAUCGUGAUUAAUAAUCGGCUCCGUUGAACUUCGAGAUACAACUCCUCGUAAGAGAGAGAGAGAGAAAAAGAGAAAUAACAGAAGAAGAAGAAGAAGAAGCAGAAAGAAACCUUAAAGGGGGAGAAGAAGAGGAAAAGAAACGGCCUGGGCGUGGGCGUAUACGUGUGCUGCGUGUGCGUGUAUGAUACGCGUACACCACGUACCUACAACAUAAUCCUUCUUACCCUGGGUGCAAAUAGUGUAAAAGAGAAAGAGAAAGAGUUGUUCGAUCGUGCAAAUGAUCGUGCCCUUGCGAUCCUCUCGAUCGUUGGUCAUAGUGGAUACCAGAUUGCCUGGAUGCCAGUUUUGGAAGGCGGAAUAGCUAAGAAGCGUGGUGCCGAUAGACUCGGCCGCAAAAUGCGGAUGAGACUGUGCACUGCAUCGAAAGAGUCCUAUACGCUGCUCUCCAAGAAAAGGAGGCAGCAGCUUGAACAGUCCGUAUAUUGCGAGUCCGAAUCUCGGAGGAGCGCUGUGGAAGAUGAAAGGCAAGACGUCCAUGGCACCAAUCAGGAUAAGAUAAAAGCAACUACCACGCAAGAUCUCUUCGAAUUGUUGGAAAGAGUUCAAAGUUCACGAUUGGACGAUCAACGAUGCGUAUUGCCGCCAUAUUUCUCUCAGACAGCGAGAGACGAACGAGCUGCCUCAAGUCCAGGUGGUGCAGGUGGACAAAACAAUCACUCAUCUUCAUCUCCAUCGCCCUCUCCUGUCGGCGAUAUACCUCUUGGACGAGCCCUUAUGGAAGCCGCACUUCAACAGGCCACUUCCGGCUCUCAGGAACCACCCCUAGUAGUAACGCCACCUGGUUAUUGGCUAGACGGAACCGAUCAUCGACAUACCUUGGAUUCGGCAGGAAGAGCGUUGCUUCCUGCCCAGCCAGCCUGGCAACCCAGGAUAGACCAGGAUGACACUGCUAAGUGUUACAGACGUUUCUUCGUUGGCAGAGAACAUGUGAACCUGAUAGGAAGGGACAGCGAGAAUGGGCCGGUCCUUGUUUCAGUGAAGGCCGAGACGGUCGCUGGUCAAGAACACUGGCGGGUAUUGCUAAGAUUACGUGCUGGUUCAACGCACGAGUUAGUCUCAGCAUCUACUCUUGGACCAACUCCUUCACCAGCGAAAAUGGUCAAGGCUAUCAACGACUCCUUGAACGUGAACACUUUAAUGCCAGUGGUAUGUUCAGGGGCUGGCACUUUGAUAGCUCAAUAUGACGAACACGCACUCGUUUCGAGAUUCAAAUUUGGUGUACUUCAUCAACGUGCUGGACAGCUGACCGAGGAACAACUUUUUGGCAAUCGCCAGAUGACACCAGCUUUCCAAGAAUUUCUUGAUCUUUUAGGCCAAAAGAUCGAUUUGAAAGAUCAUAAGGGAUACCGUGGAGGUUUGGAUACUCGACAUGGUCAAACAGGUGAUUCCGCGGUCUACGAAGUAUUUCGUGGCAGAGAAGUUCUCUUUCAUGUAGCAUCGCUUUUACCAUACAGUCCAGGUGAUGCUCAACAAUUACAACGCAAAAGACAUAUUGGUAAUGACAUUGUGGCGAUUAUAUUCCAAGAAGAACCUACACCAUUCAGUCCAGAUAUGAUCGCCAGUCACUUCUUGCAUGCUUUUAUCGUCGUGCAGGUCGUCGAUCCAUGUACACCUAACACAAGGUAUAAAGUGAGUAUAACGGCGAGAGAUGAUGUUCCUUGGUUCGGCCCAGCCUUACCAACACCUGCUGUCUUCCUCAGAGGCGUCGAGUUUAAAGAAUUUCUUUUAACAAAAUUAGUGAACGCUGAAAACGCAGCUUACAAAGCUGAAAAGUUUUCUAAACUAGAAUUACGAACUAGAUCUGCUCUAUUGGAGUCAUUGACGGAAGGAUUACAAGCGAAGACAGCGGAGUUCUUAGGUGGUACCAUUGGCCUAGGAGGUAAUUUAGGAUUCGGUGCGAAUUGUCCUGUCAGUCCAACUGCAAGUGAUUCAUCAGCUUCCGGUGGUGGAGGUACUGGCUCGAGAUUUAUCGAUACAGUACGGAAAGCAUUAAUAUCUCGAGUGAGAAACGCAUCAACCGAAAGUGUACCGACACAACUUGCUAAAAAAGGUUCUCAUUCUGAACCAAGUCCACCGAGUAAUCGACAAUCCAAUGGCAAAAUCAGUGGAAAACGAUCUGUUGAACCAUCAAGUCCAUUGGGUUCACCCGAUUUAACUCUACGAAGGGAUUCCGAAAGAGGUAGCCCCAGUUUGGGAAGUCAAGACAGUAGCUUAUCGAAUACAGACAAUCAGGACAGUAGUUUGGCUACAUUACAACAAGACGAGGUAGAUCGUAGAGAAUCUAGUACAGGAAUUGGUACAAAUGAUUCCACGAUAAUGGAAAAGGUUAAUACGGUAUCCUCUGUUCAACGAUUAACUCAUGAAAAUUUAAGAAGACAGGAACGAACAGAAAAGACCGAAAUAACUCAACGCGUUGUUUCCGAGAGCGACGAUAGUUCGCUUAACAGCGAGCUUGAACUUGACCAAGCGGUUUAUCCAGACAGCGACACUGGUCUUGAAUCUAUGAGUUCCGCGGAAACGCACGACAUUACGAGGUGUAAUGCCAAAGAAGGUGCUACGGAAACCGAAACUUUAAAGCUGGAAGUUACUAGACUUAAGUGCGAUAAAUUGGACUUAUUAAGGCAAAAUGUGACAUGUCAACGUGACAUUAAACGACUUCGAGAGAAAGAGCUACAAUUGCAAUCUGAUUUGGCAGCAGCAUCAAAAGAAAUUCUUCGAUUAAGGGCGAUGCUGAAAGAAUGUUCGACGAGUAUUCCCUUGGAUAACAACAAUCAACAGACGUCUACCGUUUGAAGGAUCGUUAAACGCAUUUUUUGAUUCGUUAUCGCUAACAGAGUUUCCCGUUAAAGAUUGCUAUGUUUUAAUCGUCGAAUGGGAACCGACCAAAUCGCAUAUUUCGUAGAUCUUCCACUCUUCUGAGAUGAUGUUUCUCUUAAAAGGAAAUCAUUUGAAAUAUCUCGUUGUUGGAUACAUACAUAUAUAUAUAUAUACAUACGAGAAACUAGCAAUCAAUGCUUUCUUCCUCGGUUCGCUUGUACAACUGAGUUUUCUUAGAUAGCAAUUGGUACAAAUUCGAUAAGUCAUAAGGGAUAUGUAAUUAGAAUGUAAAGUCAAAGUCACUGUUCUAUCGAAGUUUAACUCGUUAUUGGAACGUACAACAGUAUAGAUUCUGAUUGUUGAAGUACUUGUUUAACUUAUAUCCCAAAUAUUUAUCGAUUAAUUUAUUGAUAGAUAUAAGGUAAUCCCUUGUAGUCAAUAUAGUUAAUAAUUCUAUAGAUAUAAAAUACCAACCGCGAUACAAACAUCUUGUCAUUAUAAUAUUAGUCACUUUUCAAAGUGAAAUGGCCUUUAGAUCUAGCAUUUGUGAUGCUAAAAGAAGCACCGCAAAAA